UCACCUCCCUGAGGGUGUUACUUUGCUGAUGCACUCUGCAUACUUCUCCCUGCUGUUCUAAGCGGAGGAAACCACCACCGAGGCAGUUUCCUCCCAGCCACUUUCUAAAGAGCGGAGUGGCUGUCGCCAUCGCCCAUGAGAACCCACCACCAACUCUCUGGGUGAGGAUCCAAGCACAGCGGAUUCCCAUGGGGCUGGCACAGUGCCUGGCAGCUGCCUUCCUCUUCCUCCUCCUCCUGGGUCCGACCACCGCCCAGCGGGUGGUGACGGUGCAGGAGGGACCCCUGUACCGCGUGAGGGGCUCCCACGUCACCCUGUGGUGCAAGGUGAGCGGCUACCAGGGCCCGGCGGAGCAGAACUUCCAGUGGUCCAUCUACCUGCCCUCGGCGCCCGAGCGGGAGGUGCAGAUCGUCAGCACCGUGGACCCCUCGUUCCCCUACGCCAUCUACACCCAGCGCGUGCGCAGCCGCGGCAUCUUCGUGGAGCGGCUGCAGGGGGAUGCAGUCCUGCUGCACAUCACCGAGCUGCAGGACCGCGACGCCGGCCAGUACGAGUGCCACACGCCCAACACCGACGAGAGGUACUUCGGCAGCUACAGCGCCAAGAUGAACCUCUCAGUGAUUCCAGACACGCUCUCUGCUUCCAUGGCACCCCAGGCCCUCACUCUCGUGGAAGGGGAUGCGGUGGAGCUGACCUGUGAGGUGUCCAAGUCCACUGUCCAGCACACCCAUCUCUCAGUUGGCUGGUACCUUCUUCAGGGAGCAGAGCACCGCCCCAAGGAGAUCCUCACGCUCUCCAAAGACUUCAUCCUGAAGCCAGGGCCCUCUUAUGAGCAGAGGUUUCUGGAGGGGGAUGUGCAGCUGAACAGGGUUGGGAACACCACGUACAAGCUCCUCCUCAGGGGAGUGAAGCCGUCUGACCAGGGGCAGCUGUACUGUGAGGCAGCUGAGUGGAUUGAGGAUCCUGACGAGACAUGGAAGGACAUCUCCUGCAAGGAAACGGAGAGGACUUGGCUGGCAGUCGUGAGCCAGGGCAGAGACCUCUCAGUGGACAUCGCUGCUGCCGAACGCUCCCUUGCUGAAGGGGACACCUUGCAGCUACACUGCAUGGUGGAAGCCCCAAAGAGCAUCAGCAGGCACUUUCAAGUGAUUUGGCUCCUCAAUGAGAGGGAAGUGGCCAGGGUUGACCCCCAUGGGGUAUUGACUUGGAAGGAAGAAUACGAGGAGAGAGCCAAGCUGGGGCAGCUCCGAGCAUUCAAGCCGAGCAACGCAGUUUAUGUCCUCACCAUCUUUGAGGUGGGGCUGAAGGACAAGGGUACGUACCGGUGCUCUGUGUCGGAAAUGAAGACUCACGGAGACCUGCACAGCAUCCAGGCCAAUGUGUCGUCAGGCAUACAAGUCAACGUGAAGCCAAUAGGGAGCCACGUGCGCCUGUCCGUGUCCACCAGCACUCCAAGGGUCACGGUGGGAGACCCCCUGAUCCUCCAGUGCGAGGUGCAGGGAGCCACCGGCCCCGUGUCCCUGCGGUGGUGGCACCUGCCACCGCAGCAGCCGGGGCACAGGGUGCUGGUGGCCGCCAUGGAGCAGGACGGCACCCGGAGCCUGGGCAGCGCCUACCGGGACGGGGGCACUCGGGGGAGCCUUCGGCUGGAGAAAGAGAGCCCUGGCACUUUCACCCUGGUGAUCCCCAGCACCCUGGGCGAGGAUGACGGCGGGCAGUACCGGUGUGAGGCAACACAGUGGUCCCGAGGCCAGAACUGGACAGGGAAGGGGGAGGUAGCAGUGACGGUCAGCUCCAUGGGUCUCAGUCUGCACGCCACGCUGCGAAGCCGAGUCCCCACUGUCAGCUAUGGGCAGAGUUUUGAACUCUUCUGCCAAGUGAACGCCAGCUACACCCUGGAGGAGGUGCCAGCGUCCGUGCGGUGGCUUUUCCAGCCCAGCCGGCCCACGGGUCCCUUACAAGAGCUGGUCCAGGGCUUUCCUGGUGGCACUGUGGUCUGGGCACAGCCACAGCUCCAGAGGAAAGCCCAGCUGUCGAAGGCUGGCACCUCCUUCAGGCUGCACAUCCACAGCGCCUUGCCUGCCGAUGAGGGGACAUACCGGUGUGAGGUGGAGGUCUGGAGGAGGAACACCCUGGCCCUGGGGCAGCCAGCAGCCAGCACCAGCUCCAAUGCCGUGGAGAUAAAGGUGGUGCUGCCAGAAAGCAAGCUUCGGGUUGCUGCGAAAGAUGGCUCUGUGGAAAUUGCCAGCAGUAACGCAGCCAUUGACUGCAGGGUUGUGCUUGCCCCGAAUAAUUCGCAGUUUGCUGUUACCUGGUACUUCCUGCCUCCUCUGGCAGAUGCAACGCCCCUGCAAAUCGUCAGGGCCAACUACGACAGCGUGCUGGAGUACGGGUCUGAAUUCAGCUCUCCUGCACAAAAGUCCCGGUUCCUGAGCCAGAGAGCGUCCAGCAACAUAUUCCAGCUGCAGAUUCUGUCUGCAGACCUGAGGGACUGGGGCAGGUACUACUGUGUGGUAGAGGAAUGGCUCUGGCUGGUGGACGGCUGGUACAAGCUUGGAGAGGGAACAUCGGGAAGGACCACGCUGAAGUUCAAACUCCCAGAAGGCGAGCCGGAGGUGGAGAAAUCCAACCACAGCAUCUCCGCCAGGGAGGGCGAGGAGGCGACGCUGCCCUGCCGGCUGCAGGGCGCCCUCCCGCCCGGCACGCACCUCUCGGCCACCUGGUUCCGCGCGGAGAGCGGCGGCCGCGACAGCGCCCUGCUGACCCUGCGCCGCGACGGCAGCGUGGAGUACCCGCAGCAGCGCCGGGCGGCCGGGCUCUACCUCCGCCGCCCCUCCGCCGGAGACUUCAGCCUGACGCUGGGCAGCGUGCAGAGCCCAGAUGCCGGGGCCUACUACUGCCAGCUGCAGAAAUGGCAGCGGCAGGGCGAGGGGCGGGACUGGGCUCUGCGGGCCUCGGCACGCUCGGGGUACAUCCGGCUGACCGCCGCCGCGCCAGAGUCAACUGUUUUGUCUAGGAUCUGCUCGUCCCCACCACUGCUGAACUUCAUCUUAUACUUACCACUGAUUCUGAUCCUUCUCCUGGCCCUUGCUGUCUUCUGCUGGUACUGCAAAUUCAGGAAAAGCAAGAAGAGCAACACGACAGGAUGGAUGAUGGAGCUGGAAGGGAAUUAGGAGGUCAAGAAAACUUAGCUGGUCUGUAGAUGUAACGUGGAGGAGCAGAGCUGGACAGCUGAGGAGGACUGAGUACUUGCAGGGGGGCUUUUUAUUGUUUCGUAGUAGCUCUUGUAAUAAUAA